UUGCACUUGCAGGACCUCAAACACCUCACGGCGCAGCGCCAGCGUCUUGAGUUCUGGGCGCGCAACUCGCCCCGCCAGAUGGCGGUGGCCGCCGACUUCACGUACGCGUCGUCCCCGUCCUCCACGUCCACGUGCUCGUCGUCGCUGUCGGCGUCUCCGCCGCGCAAGCUCAGCGACGGCGGCAACUACUCGCCGGCGUACGGCUACGUGCCCCCUCCCAGUCGCCGCGGCUUCGCGUCCGACAAGAUGUUCGUCACUUGCGGGGGGCAGGUCGUGUCCUUCAUGGAAGGGGUCGUGAACGCCCCCCUGGGGGACUUCCAGCUGGACAAUUGA